AUGGGUAAGAAGAAGGCUGGAAAGGCCCAAAAGAUUUCCCUCUCCGAGUUUUUGGCCGACCACGAUGCCCCCUCGUCGGACAUCUCGCUUCCUUCGGCCCCGACUGCCCUUCAUCAGGAAGUUGACAUUGAGGAUUUGCCCAAGUUUGGUCCCUUCAAGAUUUUUGCCGGCAACCUUCCCUUUGAAUUUGAAGAUGACCAGUUGUUGAGGUUCUUCCAAGAUUUUGAAUGCGAUGUCAUCUCGGCAUCUGUCGCCAAGUCGGGCGGCCGCACUCGCGGCUUUGGCUACGUCGAGCUUAGUAGCCGCACUGAAAUGAAGAAAGCUCUUGACCUCAACAAUGCGUAUAGUGGUUUUGGUGGUGGUUUCGGUCGUGAUGAUCGGGAACCUCGCCGCGGUGGCUUCGACGACUUUCGGCGCGAGGAUAUGCCGGCACGUGGUGCUAGCGGUUUUGAAAGCGCGCGCGGCCCUCGUAGCGGUGGCUUUGAGGAUGCUCGUGGACCGCGCAGCGGUGCCUUCGAGGGCUUUAGCCGGGAGGACAUGCCGGCUCGUGGUAGCGCGCCACCCCGCAACAAUGAGCCCAGUGCUUGGCGACGGGCCGACGAUGCCCCUCGUGAUGCCCCGGGCGCGAGUGCGCCGGCCAUGCGCCCCAAGCUCAACCUGAAGCAGCGGGAGAAGCCCGUCGAGACCGAAGGCAGCGACUCGAGUGGCUCGAACAGUGCCAUUUUCGGUGGUGCCAAGCCUGUGGAUGCCAACCAGAAGAUUCUCGAGAUGGAGGCCAAGGCCGCGGCCAAGGCCCAACCUGAGCCAGAACCCAAGGCACCAGCAGAGCCCAAGGCCAACCCUUUUGGUGACGCCAAGCCCGUGGAUGCUAAUCAGAAGCUGCUCGAGCUUGAGGCCAAGAAGAAGGCAGAAGCGGAGGCCCAGGCAGCCGAGGCCAAGAAGAAAGCCGAGGCCGAGGCCAAGGCCAAGGUUGCAGAGAAGAGUGGAUUCGAUGAUUUCGUGCGUGGCAAGGGCCCUCGCGAGAACCCUCAUGAGAAUCCCCGUGAGGGGCCUCGUGGCGGUGCUGCCCGUGCCGGGCCUCGCGAUGGACCUCGUCGGGAGGGCCGUGGCCCUCGCCAGGACAAAGAAAAGCGUGGCAAUGCUGAGAAGAGCAGCAAGCCUCGCCGUCAGCCGCGUGCCCGUGCCGUGGAGGCUGAUGAUGCCGAGUUUGAGGGUGCUGAGGUGGAGAAGGAGAUCACUGUGGAUGCCAUGCCGGAUGUACCGCGCCCCAUCUCCAAGGGUGAAUCGCACAUGACCAAUAAGUUUGCUGGUCUCAUCGUUGACAGCGACGAGGAGGAGGCUGAGCCCUCCGCCGGUGCCAACGAGUAA